AGCCUCAUGUAACUGAUAUCGCUCCGAUUAAAUCACUUAAAAAAACGAUUUUCAUUUUAAAAAAAUAUAUUUUUGACAGCUGUUUUGUAUUUUUAACAAUUUUUUGAAUCUUUCAAAACAUUAUAUUCGAAUUCUCAAAAAUGUUAACAGAAACUUUCCCUUUAUUUGCCUGUGAAAAGGAUAACAGUUACGAUGAGCUCUUGGAAGAAAUGAAAAGAGAGUUCCUGACCAAAUGGGAAAAAAAUAAAACAUCGGUAUUGAGAGGGCUUGAUGAUUUUGAGCAAAUAGCAGUUUUAGGAGUUGGCUCUUUUGGACGAGUCAAACUCUGUAAAGAUACAUCAACAGGCAAGUACUGUGCUAUUAAGGUUAUGUUGAAAGAGCACAUUGUCAAGCAUAAGCAAGUGAAGCAUGUCUAUCAAGAGAAACUUGUGCUACAGUCAAUAAACUUUCCUACCCUAAUAACUUUAGAAUUUUCCCGAAAGGAUAACGAUUAUUUAUACUUGGCAAUGCCUUACAUAAUUGGAGGCGAACUCUUUUCAUAUCAUCGAAAGGUAAAGAAAUUCAACGAAAAACAAGCAAGAUUUUACUGUGCUCAAGUAUUUCUUGGUUUUGAGUACUUGCAUAAGUUACAUGUGAUUUAUAGAGACUUGAAGCCUGAAAACAUUCUCAUAGACAAAAAGGGCUAUAUUCGAAUAACUGAUUUUGGAUUUGCUAAGCGAGUUUUAGAUAGAACCAUGACACUUUGUGGAACACCUGAGUACCUUGCUCCAGAAAUUAUUCAGGCCAAACCUUAUGGACCCAGCGUUGACUGGUGGGCUUUUGGAAUCCUCAUCUACGAACUUGUUUGUGGAAAAUCACCGUUUGCAAAUUAUAACAAGGAUCAUAUGAAAAUGUAUUCCAAAAUCUGUGAUGGCUUUUAUAAAAUGCCACCUUAUUUUAGUAGGGAUUUAAGAGAUUUGGUGGAUAACUUGUUGCAAGUUGAUCUUUCAAAGAGAUUUGGCAACAUGAUGAAUGGAAAUAAGGACAUUAAGGAACAUCAAUGGUUCAAGUCUAUUGAUUGGUGUGGUUUGUACAAUCAAGUGAUUGAAGCUCCUUAUAUUCCAAGUGCAACGGAUCUCGAAGACACCAGCAAUUUUGAUAAAUUUCCAAAUGUUGAUCUGGUGCAUUCCAAUUUGAAUAAGUUUGAAGAAUACUUUGCAGAAUUUUAGUGGUUUUCAAAAGAAAUAUUAUUUUACCUCCAAUAAAAAAAUAU